AUCACACGCAUCUUUCCUCGUCACAAUCAUCAUCAUCAACACUCCUUCCCCACCACGCCCCUAUUUCUCCUCUUUAAUUAAAAGCCUUUCAUUUACAAACCCUCCCUUCUCUUCUUUUUAGCUAAAUCCCCAUUUCCCAAUAGUUAAAGCAAACCAAAUAUCCCCGUUCCAGACAUGUUCCAUCUUUUUCUUCACUUUCUUUACUUACUGUAUCAAGUUUGAAUCUAUGUAAACUUCAUUACUACUUUUUUGCUAAUAUAUAAAAAUAAAGGCAUAUAGUAUAAUUUUAAUUUGUUUGGAGUCCUGUAAUAGAUACUAAUAAACCCAGUUCUAGAGAGAGAAAGAGUAGUUUGGUUUGGUUUGCUCGAUUGUUUAAUGGAUAAAAGCUGUAAUUCUUCUGGUGAGGGUGAUUCUACUGCUACUUCUGCAAGUAGUAGUAGCAGUGGUAAUAGAGAUAUGUAUUUGAAGCAUCUCAACAAAAUCUCUCAUAAGAUCUCUAAACCCAUUAGGAAACCUGCUUUUUUUGACAACCAGAAUCCGCCGCAGGCGCAGACCCAACACGCGCCACCGCCUCUUCCACCACCUCCUCCUGCCGGGCCGCAAAAUUUGCAGCCACAGCAACAGCCGCCGGUGUAUAAUAUUAACAAGAGUGAUUUUAGGGAUGUUGUUCAGAAGCUUACGGGUUCUCCUGCUCAUGAAAGGAUUUCGACUCCUCCGCCUAUACAGCAACCUAAGGCUGCUAGUUCACGGUUGCAGAGGAUCCGUCCUCCGCCGCUUGCUCAGAUUAGCAGCCGCCCACCUCCGUUUGUGAAUGCUUCUAAUGUUUCUAAUAACGCUGUUGCUGGUGGAGGUAUCGGAAGCGGCGGCGGUGGAUUUGUUGGCGGUCAACGGCCUGUUCAGCCACAACCGUUAUCUCCUCUCCCACCGUUUCCGGCGGUGCAUGCAUCGGCAGAAUCGCCGAUCUCCGCUUACAUGAGGUUUCUACAGAACUCAAUCGCCUCUGGUUCGACUGAUGCCGAUACGAAGCGAUUCUCCACUGGUCUAUCACCACUAGCUCCGCGAUGGAACAACUUUGGUGCGCCGCAGCAGCAGCCGCCAUUUCCUCCUCCUCAGCCGCUUCCCCUGCCGCAUCAACAGAACAUUCCUCCGCCAUCGAUAACGUCUUCCUUUGUUUUACCACCAUUUCCGGCUUUUCCGUCAUCGCCGCUGCCGUUUGGGUGUUUGCCGUCGCCAAGGUCGCCGUACGGUUUGCUGUCUCCCGGUCUGCUGCUUUCACCGUCCCGUCAACUAGGGUUUCAGCAGCUCCCUCUGUCGCCGACACUUCCAGUGGCAAGCCCAAAGUGGAAGGGCAUUUGAGGAAUUUCAUAGAAACAUUAAAAAGAAAAAAAGGUAAGUCUUUUAGGAGCCCUAAAAAUCUAUUUUUUUUUGUUUUUUUUAUAAUAGGAAUAUAGUUUAUAAUUUGUACAUGUACAUUUUGGGGGAAUUAUUGGAUUAUAUUGAAGAGUAGAGUCUUUUAUGCCCAAAUAUGAUGUAGCUAUUAAAUGGCUAAUUAGGGGUUUGUUCUGUACAUGAAUGUUAAAAGACAAUGAAGAGAGAAUUUUUUGUUUGUUCA